AAUCACAUAUUUGAUCAAUAAUACAUUUGUACUAUUCAGUGGAUUCAGUGAUUUAACUGCACAACCAAGUAAUAAACAUUAUUUCAGGAGAAGUAAAGUGUGCUCAAUACUGCCUCUGAUCAUAUUGUGUAGGUCAAAGCAGAUGGAGUAUCAAUGUGCCAUAUGUCCUCAAACAUACUGCUUUUAUUACCUCCUCAUUGACAAGGCGUCUGUACAGAAAGUAAUUUAGGAGAGAGCUGAGGGGAGGGGAUAACUUAACAACGUCACAAUAAAACAGCUGUCUUUAUUUCAGAACCCCCCCCCCCCAAAAAAAAAAUCCAGGACCAGCACAAGAUAUCAGAUAAUUAAAGGAUUGGUUCUCUGUUUUUCAGCUCAGACUAUAUUAAUUAAAGUUUACCAUCAUAUCCAAUGGAUCAUAACUUUAGGCCUGCAGGAAAAACCUCAUUUUAGGUCAUACAACAAAAGGCUGUACAACGAAAUGAAAGUUUGCCGUCCCUUCGUGCUACAGAAAAAGAUAAUUAAAUUUAUAGUAGAAUAACAUAUACAAUAAAAUAAAAUAAAUACAAUACAUACAGUUAUUUAUACACAUACAUACCGUAUAUGUAUACACCCAGGAAGUCAUUUUGCAGUGCAUUUUCUGUUGCAUCUGUGGGAUUGUAAACAGCAGCAACAAGAUAGUGAUCUAAAUAUAUAUAAACUACUACAUACUAUAAAUAUACUAUAAACCCUAUAUAUAUAUUAAAUUAUAUAUGAUAGGAAACUCACACAAACACAUUGCACACACAUCAACAAUAACAUUGGGUGAAAUAUUAGGAUAAUUUGAGUAGAUCUCCCCGGGAGUGGGCUGGUCCUUAAGACACCUUUGUGAUGUUUUAUUGUCAGGGAGGAGCAAAUGGAAAUGCUGAGGUCAAAAGAGCUGCUAGUAGAAUCAGAUCUCUCCAGACAGAAGAGAGAAACAGAGGAAAGCUAAGACAUUUAAACUCCAGAAAUAAUUUUAUAUUCUAUUCAAUACGGAUUUGGCGACAAAAAAAAAAUCUGAAAAAGUUUGCCAAAAUUCCUGCUGACCUGAACCUUGGAGAUGACCUGGGGAAGCAGAGCAAGCGGUAUAUUUUGCAGUCAGGACAACAGCAGUAGCUCAGAGCUGGAGCUGUAUUAUACUGCGUAUACGUCUUUCUUUCACAAGGUCAGAAGAUCAGUGGAUGAACUGAUCGAUUGGGGUAAACAGGAGUUUACUGUUAGUGAGAUUCAACACAAGGUUAAGGAGUAUAAUGCACAGAUCAACAGCAAUCUCUACAUGGUAGCUAAUAAAGACGGGUCCUACACUGGUUUCAUUAAGGUCCACUUUCAGUUAGUCCGUCCUAUCUCCCUCCCUCCCCGUCAGAGCCUGUGCUCCAUGCAGGAGGAAGAUCAGGUGGGCGGACGGAUGAAGCGGCGGACAUCUUUCUACCUCCCCAAAGAUACUGCCAAGCACCUGCAUAUAAGUUCCCAAACACGUGUGCGAGAAGUCAUCGAGGCCCUGCUCAACAAGUUCACUGUGGUGGACAACCCGGCCAAGUUUGCCCUGUUUGAACGCACUGAGAGACAAAGUCAAGUGUACAUGCGUAAACUGUCUGAUGACCAGUGUCCCCUCUAUCUGCGCUUGUGUGCUGGCCCCAGUGAAAAAGUCUUGAGUCUGGUUUUGAAAGAGAAUGAGACAGGGGAUGUAAAUUGGGAUGCAUUUAGUUUUCCUGAGUUGUGCAACUUUCUGCGAAUCCUGAAGCGCGAGGAAGAAGAGCACGUCCGACAGAUUGUGAAACGCUACGCUCUUGCUAGAGACACGAUGAAGCAGGCCAUGGCAAGGAUUUCUACUCCUGGUUGACUUUGAGGGAUCCAGCUGAUUUAAACAUUAAGAAGAACAUUCUGCCACUUUGAAUAGUAUUGUUGAUUGUUGAUAAAAGGGAAGGAAAAAGCUCAGACAAUGAAAGAUGCUGUUACAUUUAAUGUGAACUACCUGAAGGUUUAGGCCCUGCUAAUGGAAGCGACACCACUGUUGUCAACUGAUUGGGGGAACAAAACUUAAUUGGAUGCAGUACUUUCUUGGAAAGCCAUGCUGUUUGGCAAGAUUAUUUAUAGACCUAUUAUUAAAAACACAAUUUUAGUUUUCUUUCUGGUCAUUUAUCAUGUGAUAUUUAGUGUCAUUUAUAUUAUAUGAAGCCGUUUUAAAAUGUUGGCACUUUAAUGAGCCUGUGAAAUGGAUCUGGGCAAAUUAAAAUGUGAAACAAUGUGUUUACAUUCUAAUUAUCUAAUAAACUGGUGAUGAUA